AUGAAUUCAAAAACAAUAUCACGGACGUUUACAAAAUCAUCCAGCAAUGAAACGAAGGCCUCGGGUUCAACUGCUAAGCAAUCAUCUGAAGAGCUAAGUCCGAUACCGAAUAGUGGAGAAGUGGAACAACUCAGUGAAUGUGCUCCAGAACAAGUGGAAUUCUUAGUUGGCGAAGAUACAGAACAGUUAUCUGAUAUUACCGAUAAAGAAAUGUAUUCGACGAAGUCAUCUACAGCAAAAUCCCGUGGCAGUAGCAAUAAUCGCUUUUUCGUCUGGUUUAGUCGUAUCUACCCAUUAAUGAGGAACAAAAAAGUGCGAUACUUAACAGUCAUCAAUAUUAUUUUACUGCUUAUCAAUCUCUUAAUGUUUUUGCUUGUACUUGCGUUUCUAUUGAAUCAAAUCAUUCUUACUUUUCGGAUUUCAAGCAUUAUAAAUGAUAAACCGUCACCGUGUAUUUUUACAUACAAAGAGUGGUCACCAUGUUCUGCAAGUUGCUGGGACGGAUCAUCAAAAUAUCCCCAGAUGCACCGUUAUGUGAAUAAAAGUUCGAUAGUGCAAGCACGUGGAGGUGAUAAGCCGGAUUGUCCUAGUGAUUUGGACAGUCGAGUAGAUGUUGCACCUUGCAAUACCUUCAGAUGUCCAACAAAUUUAUCACAAUAUCCAUUUAUCGGUUGUUAUUACAAGGAUUCGUUGAAAGAGUCGUUAGGCGGCUGCUAUCGCAUUCGUGAUAUACCAUUGGACGAUCGUUUGAUUUUUAUCGAUGCUAAUUUGACGCAAAAUUGUUCGAAAGAAGAGUGUAAUCGCAUCAAAGCAUUAUUGUUUUAA